CUCGAUCUGCUUCUAUUUUGCGCGCUUCUUUCAAAACUGGCUGAAAUGGAGCGCACCGGAUUAGCUGUUUUAAUGAUUUUCACUGUUGCGCUCAUAAGGGUGAGCGAUGGUGACCAAGAGGUAACAGGUGGGAGGACCGGAGCCAGCCAGGUGGUCCCAAACCAGCAGAUCAGUCAGAGGAACUCUUCCAAAGCACCCUUGGAUCCUGGAACCAGUGAAGGGGAACAUAGGAGCGCGUCCGCAGCUGAAGCCCUGGUCUCCACGCCGCACCACAGGGCGCAGCGCACCGCCAGACACCCACAGAGGAGCAGAGUGAACCGUAGGCAAAACAGCAAGCCCGGCUCUUCCAGCUCAAGGCGACUGGCUGGCCCAAAUGUCUGUGGAGGACACCAGUGCUGCUCUGGUUGGGUAGUGGCUCCAGGAACCAACCGAUGCAUAAAACCCGACUGCCAGCCCCCCUGUCAGAACCGCGGCUCCUGCAGCCGACCGCAUACCUGUGUGUGCCGCUCAGGCUUCCAGGGGCCCCGCUGUGAGGAGGUGGCCCCCGAGCAGGUGUACAUUCGUGAGCGAGGCGCUUUGAGGCGUAUUCAGCCUGGCACCAAACCUUUCCAGAGAGACCUACCACAGAAAAGGCCCUCAGAGAGGCAGGUUGCUGACACCAUCAAGGUACAGACACCGCGACCAGUGACCACCAAGCAGCCUGCGACUCAAGCAAGAAGAGGGUCCACAUACUCCUCUCAUCAGCAAACUGGGACCUCCCGUACUGUCAAGCGUUAUCCCUCAUCCUCUGAGCCCAUAACCUCCAAUGCCCUGCCCAGCGGCAAUGGCUUUGCUAACAGCCAUGGUAGUGAGAACAGACACCGGUAUCCCCACAGAAACGGACAAAGCAAUACACCGUCCCUCAAUGCUCAGAGACCUUCCAGCGACGGCCAUAUGCAGGGACAGUUCAACAAUGUCUUACAUCCAACUGGAGCGAAUCUCACUUCCAACUUGGAUCGUAUUAAGAUUGUCUUCACACCUAUGGUUUGCCGGAGAGUGUGCAGUGGCGGACGGUGCUAUAACAGCUGUCAGAGGGGAGAUGUCACCACUGUAUACAGCGAGAACACGCCACAGCAGCAGCAGCCAAAGAACCAAGGCUACAGACUCUUUUUCUGUCAAAUCCCCUGCAUGAAUGGAGGCAAAUGCAUUGGAAGGAACCUGUGUUCGUGUCCAACAAACUCAACAGGGAAGUUUUGUCACCUGUCGGUACCACCACCUCCCAGACCCACUCCUCACAUCCACAAACAUACGGGACACCAGGGAGUGAAAUCGCCUUCCCAUUCCACAUACACUUUGCCAUUAUCCAAUCAGCAAGUGUCUCUCCACCCAUCCUUGGUAAACGUCCACAUUCAGCAUCCGCCAGAAGCUGAGGUCCACAUUCACCAAGUAGCCCGAGUCCAGCAUGGACAGAGACCAGCUAUCACUGAGGGGGCUCACUCUGUCCAACAGCGCUCCCAGCCUGGAAAUGGACAUGAACACACAAAGGAACAGAACGGCAGACUAACGCUCAGCAAUGGCCACUCGAACGGUCACAGUACGACUCCUAUCCUGCAAAAUGGAAACAUUGGAAGAUGCUUUCAGGAAACAGUGGAUGGACAGUGUGGCAAACCUCUGCCAGGGCUAACCAAACAGGAUGACUGCUGUGGAAGUGUGGGUGCCUCCUGGGGUCUGAACAAGUGCCAGAAGUGUCCAACCAAACCAGCAUAUGCAGUAAUUGCGAAUGGUCAAGUUGAAUGUCCCCAAGGGUUUAAAAGGAUGAAUGUCACCCACUGUCAAGACAUCAAUGAGUGCCUGUUACCAGGGAUAUGUAAGAAUGCUGAAUGUCUCAACACCAGAGGAAGCUACAGGUGCACAUGUAAACCAGGUUUUAUGUUAGAUGCCGCCAGGAGCCACUGCGUCUCUGACAAGGCAGUGUCUGACCGCAGGGCCUCAUGCUACCGAUCGGUCUCAUCUGGUAUCUGCUCUCUACCUCUUGUUAAUCACAUAACCAAGCAGAUAUGCUGCUGCAGCCGUGUUGGCAAGGCCUGGGGGGAUGGAUGUGAGCGGUGUCCUUUGCCUGGUUCAGACCACUUCAAGGAGAUUUGCCCAGCUGGUCAUGGAUACACAUACUCACGCUCAGAUGUGCAGAUUUCUCUCAGGCAGCUGGAAGAUGUCGAGCUCAAGAGAACAGGAGUGACUCUAGAGGACGGGUAUUCUGAGUUCCCAUCCUCUCAGCCCUCACGACACAACAACUAUCCCCAAUCACCCCAAAUACCCCAGUACCCAGAGAAUCCUCAAAUACCUCAGUACCCCGAGACACCUCGAAUACCUCAGUACCCCGAGACACCUCGAAUACCUCAGUACCCCGAGACACCACAGUAUCCUGCAGAAUCAGGUCGACAACCACAUCGACUACCAUCAGAUGUGGAAAUUCUGAUGCCGCCAGCUGUUGUGACCGACUCACCACCUUACAAUCCAGAGACCUCUCCAGACUCCCUUGGCUUCAACUUGAGACCAGGUUUAAAAGAAACAAGCCCCCGGGUUUCCGUCACUGGCAUUAACAAAUGUACUACUUCUCCAAGUAUAUGUGGCCAAGGAAAAUGUGUUCCUGUGCAGUCUGGAUACACUUGCGACUGUGAGGCAGGAUUCAAGCUCAAUUCACUGCAGAACAGUUGCAUUGAUGUAAAUGAGUGUGAAAUGGACCCGUGCGAGGGGAAAGGCCGCUGUAUAAACAGCUAUGGUUCCUACACGUGUCAGUGCUACAGCGGCUACAGCCAGGUGAUAACCCAGAACAGGAAGUUCUGUCAAGACAUCAACGAGUGCAGCAUGGCCAAGAAGUGCCAGAACGGCCAGUGCAUCAACACUGAAGGAUCUUAUACCUGCGAGUGCAACAGCGGCUACGCCAAGUCAUGGAGGGACCUAUGCGAAGAUAUAGAUGAAUGCAGAGAUCCAAGCUCCUGUCCCAAUGGAAUCUGCGUCAACACUCCUGGCUCCUUCCAGUGCCAGGUCUGCGGCCUGGGCUUCAGGCCCAUCGGUGGGAGAUGUGUGGAUGUCAAUGAAUGCCUGAACCAAACCAUAUGCGGUCGCGGCCGAUGUGUCAACACAGAGGGAUCCUAUAUAUGCAACUGUUUCUACGGCUACACGCUCUCGCCAGAAAAUGUUUGUCAAGAUGUGGAUGAAUGUGGGCUACUGGGAGUCUGUAUGAACGGCCGCUGUGUCAAUUUGGACAGCACCCAUGAGUGCACCUGUAACAUUGGCUACCAAGUCUCCUCAGACAGGAAAUCCUGUGAAGACCUCAAUGAGUGUACAUCUGGUACAGCGUGCCCAGAGGGGAUUUGCAUCAAUACAGCAGGGUCCUAUAUUUGCCAGAACUGCGGGCCUGGGUUUAGACCAUCCUCUGAUGGGCUGAAGUGUGAAGAUAUCAAUGAGUGUGCACAGGGAGACCUUUGCUUUAAAGGGGAGUGUGCUAACACAGAGGGAUCGUUCAUCUGUACCCGAUGCCAAGCUGGCUAUACCGUGUCUGAGGACGGGCAGAGAUGUGACGAUAUUGAUGAGUGCCAGUCACGGUCUACCUGUUCCAACGGGAUCUGUCUAAACUCAGAGGGGUCUUAUAGAUGUGAGAACUGCCCUGCAGGGUAUCAAGUGUCUUUUGAUGGGGAACUCUGUCAAGAUAUCGAUGAGUGUGCAUUUCCAACUACAUGUCCUCAGGGAAAAUGUACCAACACAGAGGGUUCGUUCACGUGUGUCACCUGUCAGCCUGGUUUUACACUUUCUGCUGAUGGACAAGAGUGUGAAGAUGUGGAUGAGUGCGCAAUGGGUAACUUGUGUCCCGGCCAGAUGUGCAUUAACACCCCAGGAUUUUACACCUGCAGGAGCUGUGGAACUGGUUUCCAACUGUCUGAGGACAGUCACACCUGUGAAGACAUCAACGAGUGCCAGGUUCCAGGUGUUUGCCUCGCAGGUGUUUGCGUGAACACAGAGGGCUCCUUCUCCUGCAUGGCCGGUGAUACUGGAUUCAACUCAGCAUUUGUCGGCCUCUCGCAUGAAGAUGUGAAUGAAUGUGAGGAUGGCAGUCUGUGCCUGGGAGGCCAGUGUACAAACACCAUUGGCUCCUAUAGCUGCUCAUGCCCAUCUGGAAUGGAGUUAGUAGAUGGGACAACUUGCAGAGACAUCAACGAGUGUUUUAACAUGCCGAGGAUCUGUGGAGAAGGAAACUGUCUGAAUACGGAGGGCUCCUACAGUUGUGUGUGUCCUGAUGGAUUUAUCCCCACCGAGGGCCACCCUGGCUGCCAGGAUGUGGAUGAGUGCAGCAGAGAGGAUGUGUGCAUUCAAGGAGAGUGUCUGAACACUGCUGGCUCUUUCUUAUGCUUAUGUGAAGCCGGCUUCAAGUUCAGCACUGACUCAGCUGAGUGUGAAGACCAGGAUGAGUGUAAAGAGCUUGGAAGCUCAGUGUGUGGCACCUGGAGCUGUGAGAACACUAUCGGUUCCUACCGGUGUUUCAUGCAGUGCCAGCCUGGCAUGCUUGAUGGAGAGUGCGAUAUUGAUGAAUGCGCAAAUGAGACCAUCUGUGGGAAUCAUGGCGUCUGCGAGAACACAGACGGUUCCUUCCGCUGCCACUGUUACCAAGGCUACACCAACCCAUCGGAUGAUAUUACUAGAUGUGUGGACCUGAACGAGUGCGAGAUGAGCUCGCCGCUGUGCGGGGAGGCCUUGUGUGAGAAUUUUGACGGAAGCUUCCUGUGCAUCUGCCCCAACGACAAUGAGGAAUUUGAUCCUGAAACCAGGCAGUGCCGCUCUAUGGUUGUUGAUGGUUCUAAACCAGUCUUUACAUCCACUGCUGAAGAGAGGAAGGACUGCUAUUAUAACCUGAAAGAUCCCAACCUCUGCAACAACGUCUUGUCUCACAACGUCACCAAGCAGGAGUGCUGCUGUACAGUCGGCGCCGGCUGGGGGGACAACUGUGAGAUUCACACCUGUCCUCUUGUAGGACAAGAUGAUUACAACCAGCUGUGUCCUCAUGGCAGUGGAUUAUUAGCUUCCUCAGUAGAACAUCUGCAUUUCAGAGAUGCAAAUGAAUGUGAGAUGUUUGGACCUGAGAUUUGCAAGAAUGGAGACUGCUCCAAUUAUUUUGCAGGAUAUACUUGCUACUGUCCUUCUGGGUAUUUCUACGACAAAGUCAGACUAGAGUGUGUUGAUUACGAUGAAUGCGGAUUACAGAACCCUUGUGAAAAUGGAGUGUGUAUGAACACAGCAGGAUCGUUCAACUGUUUCUGCAGCCCCCCAUUAGUCUUGGACAACACACGGCAACGCUGUGUAACUCACAACACAACAGACGAUUCUCCUGGGGAUGUUCAUGUGGAUAUUUGUUGGCGUCGACUCGAGGGAGACAACAUGUGCGCAGACCCGAUGCAUGGGCGCAGAACCACAUUCACUGAAUGCUGCUGUCUGUACGGACUUGCAUGGAGUGGUCAGUGUGCACUUUGCCCCGGGAAAGAAACUGUUGACUAUGCUUCAAUGUGCAACAUCCGGAUAGAAGGAACGGAUAGUCUUCGAGAGCGGAUAGGAUAUGACUACGGCGAAGGCCCAGAGGUUCCUCCCUACUGGGAUAACUAUGGUGGUGGAAUUCCUGAAAGUGUUCCCAUAUUUCCUGACAGCGACUACAACAUGCCCGAACCACCCUUUCGUGUCCCUGUCCUACGACCAGGUGGGAACCAGCCCCAACCAUUGGAUCCCUAUACAGGUAGAGAGCGCUACCAGAGCUUUGAGGGCCUCCGGGCAGAGGAAUGUGGGAUCCUGAACGGAUGUGAAAACGGACGCUGCGUUCGUUUUCGAGAGGGAUACACCUGCGACUGCUUCGAUGGUUAUGAACUUAACCUGGAUAAGAUGGCCUGCAUAGACAUCAACGAAUGUGAGGACAUCAGUGACAAGGUCCCGUUGUGUCAGAACGGCCAGUGCAUCAACACAGAGGGGUCCUACAAGUGCACCUGCCUGCCGGGCUUUGUGGCUUCCGCCAAGCCACACAAAUGCAUCCCUGCCAUCCCAGAGUCCUCGCUCAGGGAGGCAGAAAAGUGAAACAGAAACAGACUUUUCCUGCUUUCUAAAAACCACCAUCCCUGUGCUCUUUCCCCUGAGAGCCUGGCACUAAACCUCCAACAGCAACACUGUUCGUCCAAGCUUUUUUCCUCUCAUGCUCCUCGCAGACACAAGCAUACCAACGUUUUUUCUUAGACCUCCCCCCAUUACACAUUCAAAAAAAUAACAGGAACUGUGCAGUGAAUGUAUUACAUGGAAUUAAUUGUUCAACGUAUAUCAAUUUGCCAUAAAGGGAUUGUCUUUGGGACUAUUUUUAUAUAUAUAUAUAUAUAUAUUCAGUGACCCCAGGCAAAUUGAUCUGCUUAUAUAUUUUCCACAAUAUUUUAUCUGUCAAUUAACUUUUCUUGAAGUUUUUUUAUUUAUUUUAUUUACAAGAAAGGCCUCUGAAAAAUAUAAAGCAUUCAGUUUCAGAGGUUAGACUUGAUUCCUCUCAAUUUUUCGCAAAGACGCUUUGAGGAGUUGAAUAAUUUGUCAUUUAUCAUCUAUUUGAGUCGACAAACAUCAGAAUGUUUCUUACCAAUGGUUUUCUUAAGGAUUCAAGCUAAAGUUUGAAGGAUGUCUGGACCUAGCAGCCAAACUUUCACAUUAAAAGCUUUGGCAUUGCACAAGCUUUGACAGACUCUACGUGUAUAUGAGGUUCUGUAAGAUGUUCAGGAAAUGGAGCAGUAAGUGGGCUGUUUGGGGCCAUUUGAGAAAGAAAUUCUUUCCCUAAUCUCCUAUUUGUUUCUUUAAUAGUAUUGGUCUGUUUUAUGCCUUAAUUUGAAAAAAAA